CGUGGCUCCGCCCCCACGCAGGCGCUCUCCCGCUCUCUCUCGGUGCUGCUGACGGUCGUGUCUCGUGCGGCUAUAAAAGCUCGGUUUUUCGGGAUCAUGUCUGUGUCACCGGACAAACGGCGAAAGAUGGAGUCUGCGCUGGAGCAGAUCAAGAAAUACACGGUGGUCGUUGCAGACACGGGCGACUUUAACGCUAUUGAAGAGUACAAACCUCAGGAUGCCACCACCAAUCCUUCUCUGAUUCUGGCUGCAGCUAAAAUGCCCACCUACCAGCCUCUCGUGGAGCAGGCCAUCAAAUACGGCAUUGCUAACGGCGGGAGUGAGGAGGAGCAGGUGACCAAUGCCAUUGACAAGCUGUUUGUGAACUUUGGUUUGGAAAUCUUAAAGAAGGUUCCUGGCCGGGUCUCCACUGAAGUCGAUGCGAGGCUGUCUUUUGAUAAAGAAGCGAUGGUUUCUCGUGCCCGGAGGCUCAUCUCUCUCUAUGAAGAGGCGGGAGUCAGUAAGGAGCGCAUCCUCAUCAAACUCUCCUCCACAUGGGAGGGCAUUCAGGCCGGACAGGAGUUGGAGGAGAAGGACGGGAUCCACUGCAACAUGACUCUGCUGUUCUCGUUCGCUCAGGCCAUCGCGUGUGCUGAGGCUCGCGUCACCCUCAUCUCGCCCUUCGUGGGGCGUAUCCUGGACUGGUACAAAGAAAACACAGACAGCAAAAACUACGAGCCCCAUGAGGAUCCAGGCAUGUUCUCUGAGAGAAACCUUUAG